AUGGCUGUGGCAGUCCUACGUCUAGGCAUCUUGGUGCUCCCCGCUUGGGCAGCUUUGCGCGGUGGGAAUCAGUCGACGCGACGGCUGGCCAUACGACCGUCGACUGUGCCUUACUGCCCAGUGGGUUACAAAGACUGUGGAACCUGCCGCUGUGUUCCGGAGUCCACUUGCCAAUGGUGUCCUGGUGGCUUGCAUCAGCCUGUCCCUGAACCAAUUGAGUCCACAGUACCGGGAUGUCCUCCGAACUAUGUUGACUGUGGAGAUUGUCUGUGUGUGCCAAGAUCAACUUGUGAGUGGUGUGGUGUUGGACCCGGCACUGGUGAGGACAACAGCACACCACCUGGGCACAACAUCACAAUGAGACCUUCGGUCGUUCCAUACUGCCCGGAGAGCUACGUCGAUUGUGGUACUUGCUUGUGCGUGGCUGAAGCCACAUGCCAGUGGUGCCCUACUCCUUACCGGCCGACACUCGCACUCCCAGCUCCGAGUGAGAAUGUGACGAUGCGCCCCUCAUCCAUCUUUGGCUGCCCGGAUAGCUACGUGGACUGUGGCACGUGCCUUUGUGUCCCCCCCGGCACCUGCAGGUGGUGUCCCGGUGCAGCGGCGCCGGCAGAGAACCGAAGCAUCGCAUCGCGCCCCUCCGAAGUCCCCUUCUGUCCUCACAGCUAUGUUGAUUGUGGAACGUGCCUUUGCGUGCACGAGUCUACUUGCGUUUGGUGCCCCGGUGCUACAAUCGUGACACCAGAAACGACAAGCUUGGAGCCGGCCGCAACGACCCUCGCUCCGGGAGACACGACGACAGUUGCAUUGGCCUCAACAACCUCUUUGGAGAGUGGAAGUCACAUCAUAUCUCGGCCCUCCAGCAUACCCUACUGCCCCGUCCACUUCGUGGAUUGUGGGACUUGUCUCUGUGUGCCGCCGACGACCUGUGGUUUCUGCCCGGGAGCGUGGUCCCCGUCUCCUCCUCCAGCACCAGUUGUUGGCGGCAGCGAGCGACCGUCUGUGGUGCCAGGAUGUCCGGCAUCCUACGUGGACUGUGGUACUUGCCUGUGUGUGCCAUCGUCAAGUUGCCAGUGGUGUCCAGGACAUGCAAAUCCACAUCCCACUCCAGCUCCUGGUGGCGUCACCCGACCCUCCCGCAUCAUUGGCUGUCCUGCAUCCUAUGUGGACUGUGGAACCUGCUUGUGCGUGGCCGAGGCAACAUGCCAAUUCUGCCCGGGAGGAACUCCCCCUUCCGCUCCAAUUCACAGCGGCAACCAGCGACCAUCCCAGAUUCCGGGCUGCCCUGCCUCAUACGUUGACUGUGGCACUUGUUUGUGCGUGCCUUCGUCAACUUGCCAGUGGUGCCCGGGAGCAUCCCCGGCACCCGCACCCGCUCUGCCAGCACCGCCAGGUCACACUUCCAGGAUCCCAGGCUGCCCGGUGUCCUACGUGGACUGUGGGACCUGCUUGUGUGUUCCCAGAUCUACUUGCCGGUGGUGUCCAGGAGCAACGCGAAGCUGGCAGCGAUCAAGCCCAAAGGAGGAGAACCUUAAGACAGCCUUGGUUCAGGUAGAGGAGGAGCCGACCAGAAAAUCCAGCGUGGGCAUGAGGCCAUCAUCGGUAGUUGGCUGUCCAGCAAGUUAUGUCGAUUGUGGGAGCUGCCUAUGCGUUCCGGCCGCUACGUGCAGCUUUUGCCGCGAGGAGCCCAAUGUCACUUUACCCGUUCCUGGCAGAAACUUCACAGCUAGGCCUUCUGAAGUCCCAUAUUGCCCCAGGCGCUUUGUGGACUGCGGGGACUGCAAAUGCGUACCCCGGUCCACUUGUCAGUGGUGUACAGACAGCUCGGCACCACCAGAGCCGGUUGAGCCAAAUUCAACCAAUGCAAGUGAGAUCGCACAGCCCUCGCGUAUUCCGGGAUGCCCGGACGGCUAUGUUGAUUGUGGGACAUGCAUGUGCGUUCCGAGAGCAGCUUGCCGAUGGUGCCCACUUGGCGAGCCGCCGAUGGUGCCCACCUCUCCUCAGAGAAACAUCUCGAUGCAUCCCUCUGUCAUUCCGUUCUGUCCAUCAACUUCUGUUGACUGCGGCAGCUGCUUCUGUGUUCCUGAGGCAACCUGUCAGUGGUGUCCGGGAGCAGGGACACACCCGAUGCUUCCACCACCCAGCAGCCCGAAACAGCCAUCGCAAGUUAUCGGCUGCCCAGCCGACUUCUUUGACUGUGGAGCUUGCCACUGUGUACCUGAAGAUACCUGCCAAUGGUGUCCAGGUUGGGAGCAAACGGAUCCCGUGGCAACCACUGCAUCGACCACGCUGCUGAUCGUCACCCUUGCGCCACCUGUGCCGCCUGUGCUGAGCACGUCGGUACCGCCUAGCAUCCCGAGCACAGCUACAACGACAGAAGCGACAGCCUGCCCGGCAGGCUUCACCUUCUGUGAAGACAUGGGAUGCAUAUGGGGAAGCACUUGCGAUGAAUAUGGGUAUUCAUGGGGGCGUGGCGAUGACAUGGCAAGCCAGGGUGGCAAAGUGCUUCGCAUUUAG